UAGGUCCGUGGUUUGUGGGCUAUGUUUUAGACGAUUAUAUAGGCAUCAGUUUCGUGUGGGGUAUGCUUAUUGAUGGCUCGUACCUGCCGGGAGGUAUUACCUACGUAUUGGGCUCUAUAUUCCUAUUGUUACUCCAUAUGCCGAUCGCAAUCUGUUUAACGCAUAUCAUAUACUGCCGGCGCCAACAGCUUUAUGGCACAAACAGCACCGGUUUUGUCAAUACUUAUUGCCAUUUAAGACAUUUGUUUUUCAUGUUUUUCAUCUUAUGUCACGUCCUCUUUUCGUUGAACUUCUAUUUCGCGUACGGAUUGUUGGCUUACGUGUUGGGAAUGUUCACCACCUGGUCGUACAUCGUGUACAUUGUCUUAUGGAAGGUGUCGGUGAGUCUGAGCGCACAGUCAUUCCCGGAGCCGAUGCGUCCGAAGUACAGGAAAGCCAAAGAUUUUGACGAAAUCAGCGAACACUCGAGUCUUACGCGACCGCCCAUUAGGAAGUGACCGCACGUUAAGCCUUAUAGUGAACUACUGGUGCGGUGAUUGUGUUUAUGUAUAAUACAGUAUAAUCAGGGUUCUUUCAUAGUUAUAUACCGGUGUUGUGGUUAUGAUUAUUUUGUUGUUCACUAUAAGCGGUUUAUGUGUAGAAUUA